AUGGAUCUUGAGUUAUUACAAGAUCUGUCCAAAUUCAAUAUCCCAGCAACCAUUAAGAUCGGAUCCAAAACCACUAGGAACAAAAACAACGGCGACGAAGAUGAAGAUGGCUUUAGCUGCAGCACACCCACAUCUCAAGAACACAAGAUUCCCUCCGUUCUUGAUUCUCCACCUCCACCGCCAAGAAAACCUCGUCCACCGCCGUCAAAACCGUCGGCUACGGCGGCUAUGAUGAUCAGAUCGUGUAAGAGGAAGCUCUUAGUGUCGACUUGUGAGAUUAUAAUGAACCGAGAAGAGAUUGACCGUUUCUUCGCAUCCGUUUAUAGUGACACGUCGACCACGGCAAAACGGCGGAGACGUUAUCCACAUUGUGCGUGA